CGAACCCGGAUGCACCAAGAUUGUGGAUGGUCCAAAUGACCGUUAGACCAUCAAAGAUUGUUGACGGAAACGGGAUAACGGGAAACAAGUACCAGUGCUGCUUUUUAGCCUAGUUUCUCGUUGGCACAAAGGACUGUUUUUAGAAUUAUGCACAACACGGCUUCUUGUUUUCCAUCCUCUGGUGAGAAGCCUCUACCUGCAACAACGUCUCGUGCUUCCCGUUCCCUGCGGUGGCCAAGCCCCCUUAGGCUCGGGAAUGAUGGGUUUAUAAGCGCUUACAGAGCAUGAGCUGGCUGGUCUCUGGUGAUUCAACCCGCAAGUUGCUGCAACUUCCACGCUGCUUGCUCACUUAAGAACCCCAUAACAAAAAGCGAAACGAUUGGUGGAUUCUGAAAUCUGCCUAGGGCCUUUCGAAAGGCUGCAUCCUGUGUCUUCGAUGAAGACAACGGCUUCACGGAAACGCAAAACAGUUGGUGAAUUCUGGAAAUCUGCCUCGGGGCUCGCGAAAGGCCGCAUCAUGUAUGUUACACGAAGCUGUCGCGUGCGAAUCACAGGGCAAGUUGCCAAGCCGGAUGAUCUCUUCAGGCCGAAGCCAGCCCGUAGACUACAUACAGUCGAACCUCUUUAAGACGAUGUAUUCCGUGCCAUUAUUUAGUGUCGUCUUAUGAGGAUAUCGUGCUAUUGAAUACUAUUUACACCACCAGUCAAGAUUUGGUUCCGCCAAAAAAAUCGCACUAUCGAGGAUAUAGGCAUAAGGGGUAUCGUCUUAAGGAGGUUCGAGUGUAGUACGAAAGCGGACUCCUCUGCCGUUAAAUCAAUAUACUUACUACCAACUCGUCCCUUCUUCCUCGCAAAGGCAAUGGACAGGACACCUCAUCUGUCUCGACGGAGCCGUCGGAGAUCCCCGUCUUCAGCAAGGAUCGCAAGAAUCGAGAGAUAUACACAGCUCCUUUCGCGAAUGGACUUGGUGCGGAUGCAGGAGGAGAUCGAUGCUGAAGAAGAGAGACAAUCCCGUCUAACCCCGGAGGAAAGGAUGCGAGAAAAUGGACAAGAGCUACAACGCCGGCUCGAGUGCGAACCCGCAAUCGCCAUUCUCCUUCAGCGGUCUCCGCCAGGACAUAUGGUACGCGCAGAAUGCCGGGCAGUAUCGUGCCCUAUCGCGGCUAUGUCGCCAAGUGACAAGGGUCGUCGCAUCAUGGAUGUUUACAGAGCUGUCCUUGUGAGUGACGAAGACCAGUAUUUCCACAUAUCCUGCCUAGAGAAGAUGAUUACGUUAUCAUCGCUAGCUCCGUCUCGAUUUAAGCUUGAUAUGAACGGUUAUAGGUGGCGUGACGGCUGGCCUUGGACAUGGGGCCUGAUGCUGCGGAAAUGGUUCGAGCAUAGUGGAUGCAUCGACCUUGCUAAGAUUGCGGAGUAUAUUGACGCAUACGACACGUUCAAAGAAGCGGACAGCGACUUUAUGACCCAAUGGGGUGAAUGGGAGCACACUCACCGGCGCGAGUGUGCUGCAGAUCUAGGAUCUUGCGGAUGCCCGCCUGAGCCGAAGGGACCAGUAUCGCCGAUGCUCGAGGGCUACAAGACGGAAAAGGCCAAGAUAUGCUCUAUUGGUGAGGUCCUUCGCCAUCCAUAUCUGGAAAGACUAUCUGCGCAGAUCCACACUUCUCUCCACGAGAGCAUUUUAGUGUUUCCGGAGCAAGAACCUUGUGGAGGUGAAGCGCAAAAAGACGGCUCGAAUCUCGAGCCGAGGCCCAAGGACGAGGACAACCCUUCUCCGAUGAAUGAGGCUAGCAAAACUGAAGAAGGAGGUGCUUGUUCACAUCAUGUAUAAAUCAGAAACUUGUCAGAUACAUAAAAGGUGCGGUUAUUUGAGAGGUGAAAGACUCUGCAGUUGGUUUUAUACUAGUAGUAGCUAACAUCAUAUGUGACGCCACUUGUUGGGAUUGAGGACGCAGAUCAUAUGUCUGAUGCACAGUCGUUAAGCGAACCUAGUAUAUAGAGUAGAGUAGUUUUAUCGUUACAUCUCUGAAGACAGGCUACAAGUUGCAGAAC